AUGUCAUCUCACGGACGCAAUCCCGGCAAUCCAGGCGAUAUGCCGAGCGCCUUGGACACUCCCCAAAGCUCGAUCAUUCUCGAGUUCCCUGAGGAGCCUCUUGGUGCCACCCCGAUUGGGUCCAAGUGCAGCUUCUGUACGAAGGAUCUGCCUGUUCAGCCUUGCCACAGCUACAAGGCAACCCCGAUCCAACUUCCAUGCGGCUGUGUUAUGCACUAUGGCUGCAUCUUGCUGUGGUUCGAGACGCAGGCGGCGAAUCCGGCCCCGCCUUCAUUCAAGAUUCGCCUGUCCUGCUUCAACUGUGGGGGGAUGAUCGACCAUCCGGAGCUCGUCUACCGUGAAGGCGAGAACGAGCCCUAUGUCUACGCAGUCUGUGAUGAGCAGCGUCGUGCCAUGGUCCUCACCAUCACGCUCGUCCUCCCGCGUUCGAUGACGGCGACGUGUGACCCGAAGGACACGACCUUCGGUGACCCUAGCCGCGGCUUCCCGCAAUGGCACGACGGCCUCUAG